ACUUCAGCUGCUGCGUGUGUGGGUGAGUGACGCUCAGACAGACAGGGUGUCGAGCUGCUGGAGCUGCAGGAGCUGCUGCCACACUGAACCAACACGCAGGCUCGGACCCACAACCCGGAGCGCUCUCGCCCUCCACGACCCGGACGCAGCAGGAACCAGCAGCAGGAACCGGCAGCAGGAACCAGCAGCAGGAACCAGCAGCAGGAACCAGCAGCAGGAACCAGCAGCCCCCCGCCUCGUGGAUGCGUGCAAGGAGCGCGAAUGGUUAUGUUUGAAAAGGCGUCAGGAGAGCCACUAGACCAGCCAACUGUGACAACGAUGCCUUCCAACAAGUUCCCCGCUGCUGUCACGGAGGAGAGCAACGACAUGCCUGCUACGGCAGCGAUAAAUGGAAACUCUCCUCUGACUGAAGGAGAAAAUGACAGCGGUGUGGAGUUGACGGAGGAGAACAGCCCCCUGACCGUGGCUGGCCCCCCCUCUCCCUUCAGCCCCAAAGAAAACGGAGACGCCGCCUCACCACAAGAUGAUGACCAAAGUUCAAGGGGAAGCAGGAAGAGGAGCAGGAAAAGGCCCGAGGAGGAGGAGGAGGAGGAACGUGCCUGGGACUCCUCCAGUGAGGAGAAACCUAACGGGGACCCUAAGUUGAGGCAGUUGAGACAGACACCUCCAGCCAGAACCAUCUACCAGGCCGGUCUGACACCGCGGACGCACGGCAAACCUCGCCGGCAGAGUCGCAAACAGGAGCACAGCAUCUUACUGGGUGCUCGUGGUUGUCGAGGGGCCGACGCCGUGUCCACCAGAGCCCCCGAGACCCCCUGUCUGGAGCUGAUCGAACAGGACUCCAAAGACUCGGCCCAGAGCUCCAGCACCAUGUCCAGCUCCGAGACCCAGCCAGAGUACAAUGACAACAAAGGUUUUGUGAUUGGCGACCUGGUUUGGGGGAAGAUCAAGGGAUUUUCCUGGUGGCCUGGAAUUGUGGUGACAUGGCGAGCCACUGGCAAACGGCAGGCCAGUCACGGCAUGAGGUGGCUGCAGUGGUUUGGAGACGGCAAGUUCUCCGAGGUUUCAGCAGACAAACUCGACUCCAUUACUGCCUUCUCCAAGUUCUUCAGCCAGGUUUCCUACACCAAGCUCGCCUCCUACCGCAGGGCGAUCUUCCAGGCUGUUGAGAUGGCCAGUGUCCGUGCGGGGAAGACGUUUCCUCCCUGCGAAUCAGACAAUCCAGAGGACCAGAUCAAACCCAUGCUGGACUGGGCCAACGGCGGCUUCCUGCCCAAAGGAGUGGAGGGACUCAAACCGAAAGAAAGCACAAACAGCGACCCUCUGGAUCACCAGGUCCUCAACGUUUCCCUGCCAGACUAUUUUCCCAAUGCAAAGCGGCCCAAAGUCAGUCUCUGCAAGAGCAAAGCCGUCCCCGAGGAGUCCUACUGCAGAGAACAAAUGGUGAAUGAAGUUCAGACGAAGAAAAGAAGUAUGGAAGAGUUCUGUCUCUCUUGUGGAACGACGAGAGUCGUAACCUUCCACCCGCUCUUUGAAGGAGGCUUGUGCCAAACAUGCAAGGACGUGUACCUGGAGAUGUCCUACAUGUAUGACGACGAUGGCUACCAGUCCUACUGCACUGUUUGCUGUGGCGGUCGAGAAGUUCUGCUCUGUGGGAACGCCAACUGCUGCAGGUGUUUCUGCGUGGACUGUCUGGACAUCCUGAUUGAUCCCGGGGCGUCUAACAACGCCCGCGAUCUCGACCCCUGGCGAUGCUACAUGUGCCAGCCGUUGCUGCAGUACGGCGUUCUCAAGCGACGGCACGACUGGAACCUGAAGCUGCAGGAGUUCUUCGCCAAUGACAACGGACAGGAAUUCGAACAGCCAAAGGUUUACCCAGCGGUCCCUGCAGACCAGAGGCGACCGAUCAGAGUCCUCUCCUUGUUUGACGGUAUUGCCACUGGCUACCUGGUUCUGAGGGAUCUGGGUUUUAAGGUGGACCAGUAUGUGGCAUCGGAGGUGUGCGAGGACUCCAUCUCCGUUGGUGUCGUUCGACAUGAAGGAAAGAUCCAGUACGUCCAUGAUGUCAGGAACAUAACCAAGAAAAAUAUUCAGGAGUGGGGUCCAUUUGACCUGGUGAUUGGAGGAAGUCCCUGCAAUGACCUCUCGAUUGUCAACCCUGCAAGAAAAGGAUUAUAUGAAGGGACCGGGAGGCUGUUCUUCGAGUUUUACCGUCUGCUGAGUGAGGCCAAGCCCAAAGAAGGGGAGGAUCGUCCGUUCUUCUGGAUGUUUGAGAACGUCGUAGCCAUGGGCGUCAAUGACAAGAGGGACAUCUCACGGUUCCUGGAGUGCAACCCCGUGAUGAUUGAUGCUAUUGAGGUCUCUGCUGCUCAUCGAGCCCGAUACUUCUGGGGUAACUUACCAGGCAUGAACAGGCGUCUCUGUGCUUCGGGAAUGGACAAGCUGAAGCUGCAGGACUGUCUGGAGCACGGCAGAGUCGCAAAGUUUAGGAAAGUGCGAACCAUCACGACUCGCUCCAACUCUAUCAAACAGGGGAAAGACCAGCACUUCCCAGUCCUGAUGAACGGCAAGGAGGACAUACUGUGGUGCACUGAGCUGGAGAGGAUCUUUGGUUUUCCUGUCCAUUACACAGACGUGUCCAACAUGGGUCGUGGUGCCAGGCAGCGACUCCUGGGCCGGUCCUGGAGCGUCCCCGUCAUCAGACACCUGUUUGCACCACUCAAAGACUAUUAUGCCUGUGAAUAGACACACCCGUCCAGCGCCAGCAAACACACACCAGCAUUUUUAUCGGGAUAUUGGCUCCAAAUAACAGCCUGCUUUUAUCAGGAGUCUGAGUGCAACAGAGUUCCACCUAAAAUCAUUAAAGCCAGUAAACAAUAGCUGUCGCACCGCAGCUGCAGACACACAUAACACACACAGACGCAGAUACACAUACACAACUUUGGGAAACAGCUCGGCUGCUGUAUCACAUGACUCCAUUGAAAGUUGGGUCAAAGUGCAGAAAACCACUGUAAGUAAAGAUGCCGCCCAGAGCGGUGACCAGCCGCUUCCAUUUACCUCUCCAAAGAUUUACUUUUCUUCACACACUUGUGAAGAAUCGUUUCGAGUUGACAAGACUUUGCAGUUUCAGAAAAUACCGCACAGCAAAUAUGGUGCACUAUUUUUACACGUGAUGGAAAUUCAGCUGGGUGACGAGCGGGUUGGUGCCACAGUUUGUUAAUCUGAAACAAGAAGCACUUUCUUUUACAAUAUUUUUAUGCCUUUCAAUAGAGCACAAUACAAACUGCAGAACGGAAGCGUACGACACAUUGACCACGUGGCGACGUUUGUACACCGUCACAGGGAAACAUGAAAGAGCUCAGGCCUUCACACGCUCCCCAAAGCCAGUCCCUGCAGCUCAUGUCCAUCACCAUCCCUGACAUGGUGGCGUUAGAUCUGCUGUUUUCGUGUGCCCUGUCCAGCUCCUAGCUGCACGGUUCGGUGUGGCAGUUAUGGAUCUGUUGGGAUCUGGUACUCUGUAGAUUCACUUGCAUUUGUUCCCCUCAGUUUUUCCCUGCAGGCCUAGAACCUGACAUCUUUGAGGUCAGAACCUGUUUCAAAGUCGUCGCUUUGUGCGAUCAUAGAGUGACUUCCCAGCAGCCACCAGGCGCUGGUACACCAUCAUUUCAACAUUUCAGCUGUUAGCUCUAUCUGCUGUGUCUCUCCGACACAGUUUAUGACUCUUUAUAAACUAUAAUUGAUAAUGUCAUCAAUGUUAUGUAACAUAUUUUCCAGUGUUUCUUAUUCGUCAUCAUUACCUCAAAAACGUUCAGGUUUUUAUUUUUUUUUUUCGUUAAUGCUUCAACAUCGCGUCCGUUUCUUUGUCUCUGACCUUAAACUUAAAGGUCACAUCAAGAUCCCUCCUCUCUGAAGGCUGAAGAUGUGUAGGUGUCCUGUUUCCACAUAUGGGAUGUGUGUUCAGUCCCUGGUUCUGUGUGAUAGAUGGGCUCUGGCCCCUCGUGUUGGGCUUCAGCGAGAACAGACGAACGGUGAUGAGUGAGAGGAAUAAAACAGGGAUAUUAAGGUCAGCAUUGUAGGGUUAGAUGUGGCAGAGCUCCAGCUAACGUUGCGUCCUUGAAAACCCAACAACAGCCCUUUUAAGUUCGCUUGAACCAAAUUCAGAAGAUACAGAGCGGUUGUUUGAUCGUCCUGUCGGCAAAAGCUGACCUGGACAAUAAAAGUCAAGUGUCAUUUUUAUCGACGAACAGGAUUGAAAGUUUUUUUUUUGGACCAAACUUAAUGGACUAGUCUGAGACACAAGACGUACUUUGAAAGACUCGCCGUCGCUCAGGUCCUUCAGUCUAAAUACACUUCUUAUCUAUAUUUAGAUACCAUCUUUCUUAAAAAAACCAUUGUUGGUGCUUGUUAAGAUUCGAAUUAAGAUCUAAAACUUUAGCAGAGUCCAGAUUUUUAUAGUAAAGCAUUUAAGGGCGGAUAAUGGGAAAUAUUCCAUUAUUCACUGGAGUUAGUCACAAGUUAACCUAGAAACGAGGCAGGAUUUGGCUUUUAUAUAUAUAUAUAUGUAACUUCAAGCUGAUAUUUUUCUACUACUUUUUAUUUUCACUUUUAUACGAAAACUGUCUUAAAUAGAGGAACAUUUUACAAAAGCUUUAAAGAAAAACAACAGUCUUGAGUUAUUCUGCAGAAGUGUUUAAUCCUGUUUCCGACACUACAGCAGAAAAAUAGCGAGUGGUGGCGUCCGUCUCGCUGCUCAUAUUUCCAUCUUUAAAAAGAAAACAGAGCUGUGUUUGCUGUCACAGACGGAUGCCAGCGUCUCCACUCGCAGCUGAUGUAGCAACUGUGCGGGUGAUAGCGGCCGCUGCUGAACUGCGGACGCAGUAGUUUGGAAAACUGCCACUGACUACUUUUAUUGUGGAAACAUUUUUAAAAAAGAAUCACGAUUGGAUUGUCGGGAAGUUCUCCUCAACGAUGCGAGCCGGUUCUGGCCUCAGGUCUGUGUGGUGCACAGGUUUUUGUCUACAAUAAGUAAAAGUAAAUCUGAGUUACUGAGGUUGACCUUAGACAUUUCUAGCGAGACGCUUUUGUUUUGUUUAAUCACUCUGCAGGUGUCAAACAUUUCUCAUCAGGAAUUUGUUUUGUCUCUUAUAUGUUAAAGUCUGUGUUACCUGCUGAACAUUUUAAGUCAAAACGCAGUCUCCUUUUUUUUUUUUUUAUUACUGGAAUACCUAAACGAUGUUGGCUGUCACCAGAUCACAGUAGAUGGGCAUUACCUGAGACAAAGUGGCACCUGUGCACCGGUCCCUCAGCAGGACGUCUGCUCCCACGUGACCGGGACGUGCAGCCUGCAUCUUAUCACUGGAACUUCUUUUUUUUUUUUACUUUUGCGUACUGUAACAAAAGAAACGUUUACAGAUCUUGUUGAACAAGAAACUGCAUUAUUAUUUUGAACACUUAAUGAACAAGCCUUCAAGAAUAACUUUUUGACAUUGAAAUUAGUGUUUAAUGUUUGAUGUCAGGCUCCUCUGUGGUGCUUCACACAUUUUGAUUUUUUUAAGUGCUGCCGGGAUUUUUUUCUUACUUUUUUAAAUCUGCAUUUAAAACCCUUUAAAGACCAAAAAGGAACUGUUUACACAAAUUAUUAUUACUGCUGAGCUCGUUGAAUGUUGUGCUUGAAAACAGUAUUUUCUUUUUUUAACUCCUCUUUUAAGACAUCUUAUGUUAACUUUAUAUUAUAGUAUAUAUUAACACUGCAGAGCCUGCUUUAAUCUUAGAACAUAACAUUAUUCUGUUUCUCUUAAAAUCUUAUUUAGAAAACCUUUCGAGUGUGUAUUUGUACCUUUGCAUAUAAACAAUGUCUGCUGAUUUUUUAUUUUCAUUUUACCAUACCGUUUUAAUGGUUUAUCAGAAUCACAUUCGAUUACUUUUCAUUGGCCUUUUUUUGUUGUUAUUAAUCUAAAGUUCUAAAGCAUUUAAAAUGAAGAGAUUCUGUACUAUUUUUCAUACUUUACUUGAAAUAUUAAAAGAAAACGUUAGUGUACUUUAUUGUGUACCUCUUGUAGUAACCUAUAUAUAAUGUUUACUCAAUAAAAUGCAGCCUGGCUGCAAAAAAA